GUUUGAUAUUCUUUGUUUUAUUCCAUUCUGUUGCAAUACUGGUUGGUCCGGGAUGCCAACUGAAAAACAGAUAUGCGGGUAGGCAGGUAGACUGACAACGAAAGACAAGGAUUCUUACUGUGAGAUCAUAGAAAGCCCUAUUAUUUUCUUUCUGUAGGUGGGGAGUGGAAAGCAUGACCCCCAGUAUGCAGCACCCGUUCAUUACCAUUUCUACCUGCCCAUGAAAGACAAUAUUGGCAACUAUCGGUUGCAAAUUACAUUUGUCACGAUGACGUUCACCCUCAUUUCUCCCAUCAUUCACAAAAUUUAAGUAAACUCAUCCUCAAGAUAUAAAAAUCCAAAGCAAUACCAUCAUUACCGCACAACCAUCAUGGCGCAGUACCCAUUAAGCAAAAACCCAGAAGAGCUGGAAGCAUGGAAGACUAUGAUGGACAGCAUGAUCAAGUUCAUAUCGGCAUCCACCAAGCUGAUGAACACUAUCAACGAAAGGGCUUUACAAGGAUCGCCUGGGGACGAGGGACCUCCUAAGUCACCGUGUGAGGUCGAGUGCUUGAUAUGUGGGCCUACACGGUCACCAGAAGUCUGCCAGAAAUGCGCCGCCUUGCCAGCAAUACGUCCAGAAGGGACUCCGAGACCCGCCGUCGCUGCCCCUUCCCCUAAAGUCGCUUCCAUUGUAGACACUCCAGCAGAGGACGAAGCCUCAGCUGCUGAAGCACCACCCAUCGAGGAAGAAUCAGCCCCAGCUGAGGAAGAAGCACCACCUGCUGAUGACGGGGCACCACCUGCCGAGGAAGAAUCACCUCCAGCUGAAGAAGAAGCUCUUCCAGCUGAGGAAAAAGCUCCUCCUGCUGUCGCCGAGGUAUCUACGGUCGAGGGCCAAGCACCUCCGGCCGACGAUGAUGCACCGCCCGCCAAGGAUAAAGCACCGCCUGCGGGUGGAGGUUCUCCACAACCUGUAGGCAUGUGUGACGUUCACUCUACAAUACGCCAUGUUCAAGAUGAAAAAUAACGAAGAGAGCGCAAGUCUACAUUUACAUCUUUUCAUAAAGUUUGAGUUUUCAGCUGUAUGAUUGCCUUUCUCGUAGGCGCUGUAGGAGUGGACAACUGUUGCUGUGAAGAGAUCAAAGACUUAAAAGCUACGGCCAUGCAGCUAGGUGUCUUGCCACCAGCUGAAGGGGAAGGGGGGAGGCCACCUUGCAUCUGCCCUAAAGACGAAGCUUCUGCUCCACCUGCACAAAAAGAAGCGGCAGGAGCCUUAAGAGCAGAAUCUCAAAAUAAAUGCUGCUGUGCAGAGAAGAGUGUAGAAGAGGAGAAAAACAAAUCAACCUCAGCGGGAGGACCAUGUGAUUGUGGCCAUUCACAAAAUGAAGACAGACCAUGCGGUUGUGGUUCAAACCUGGAACCCCCAGAACCUCCAGUCAAACUCUGCGCGUGUCCUCCAGGCGUCGACGAAAAAGAGAAACUGGCCGAGGAACUAGCUGAAAAAGUGGACAAAGCCGAAGCUGAGAUACAACAGUUGCGAGCGGAGUUGCAGAAAUUGCAAUAUUUCCAAGCCGCUGCUAAAACUCCAGCUGCUGCCAUGUAUAAGGAGAUCAUGAAGGAUACUUAUGAAGGCAAGUGCAAUCCAAAGAAGAAGCCGGUCCUCGCCCCACCGACCAAAACUAAACGUCCAGGUGACCAAACCGGAUUAAUGACAGGUAGCUCAGGGCCUGCAGCACGCAGUAAUUCUCGAUCCGUUAUCAAAACUCCUCCACCAACACCUGUAGCAGUUAAUUUGCCGCCGAUAGUUACAUCUUACUCCAGGUCGGUGUAUAGAACUGUAACGCCAGCCAAUGAAGAAGGGUGUGCUCCGACCUGCCCGGCUACUACAAGUAUUCCAAAGAUGGAGGCGCAUCCGAGAAAGCGGAUGCCUCCGUGUUUAUCCAAAACAGGUUCGAGGAGGGGAUCAUUGUCAAGGCAGGGACAAGUGGCACCCAGAAGUAGUACUCCCUCCACUAUGCAGAAUCAAGGAAUUUCGCACGCAAUAUUGCAAAACCUGCCUGGCAACGUGACCAUAUGUACACCUAGUGGAAGUCCAGCAGACGAUUCUGGUCCGACAGACUGCGAAAUAUACGGCUGCACAGACACCGAAGAACCUGAGCCUGCAGAAGAAUAUUGCACCGACUACAAUUGCGAUAACGAAGCCUGCACAUUGCGACCAAAAGAAGAAAAGGAAGAAGACGGCGACGAAGAAAAAGAAUCUAAAACCACCGAGCCAUCUUCAAAAGCAUCAUCGAAAGCAUCAGUCGCCAGCAAAUCACCGUCGAGAGCUUCAAAGACCUCAGCAGGUUCUAAAAUUGAUGAAGAAAAAGGAGCCAAAAAAGGCGAAGAAGAGGCACCGACUGAAGAAGCCGAAGGAUGAAAUAGUCAAGUACCACUAUAGGAUCAAAAUGUUAAUAGUACUGAUGAACAGAACAGAGAGAAUAAUUGUACGUAAUCCUUUUGUAAUUUGCCAAAGUGAAGUGAAGUUAAGAAAACAAACAGCAAAAUAUCAUGUUUUUUUUUGCAAAACGAAGAUUCCAAAGGGGCAGCAAC